GCCCCCCGAGUGUGAGCAGCGGAUCGGCCGUCAAAGAGUCGGAGAGUUUCCAGCGACUCACAGCGACUUGAAGAUGAGCUCCGAGGAUGUCCUGCAGGAUGCAUCCACUCUUGCAUCAUAUAAUGUACUGCUGCAGGUGAUGUUCCGUGUGCUCACCUUCUUGUUGAAUGCCUUCACGCUCCGGUUUGUGUCCAAAGAGCUGAUUGGAGUGGUCAAUGUCAGGCUCACACUGCUGUAUUCCACAUUAGUCUUCCUGUCCAGAGAGGCUUUCCGGAGGGCCUGUCUGAGUCGGGGGUCUGGGACAGGCCACAGCUGGAGACAGGUUGUCAACCUGCUGUGGCUGACCUUGCCUCUGGGUGUGGCCUGGGCGUCCCUGCUGGUCUGUGUGUGGCUGUGGCUCUUGGAGGUCCCAGAUCCCCGGACGAUCCCUCACUAUGGCCCGGCGGUGGGGAUGUUUGCUCUGGCUGCGGUGCAGGAGCUGCUGGCCGAGCCCCUCUGGGUCCUGGCUCAAGCCCACAUGUUUGUCAGGUUGAAGGUGGUGGCUGAGAGCUUAGCAAUGAUCGCUAAGUGCAGUAUAACUGUAGUGCUGGUGGUGUCUGCUCCGGAGUGGGGCCUUUACAUCUUCUCUGCUGCUCAGUUGGUGUACACAGGUUUCCUGGUUUUCUGCUAUGUCGUCUACUUUCUUCGCUUCCUGGGAUCUGAAGAAGCCACCAAGAAGUGUUUUCCUCUGAACCAUGUCGGAGAGCUGCUGUUCUGCAGAGCUGAUGGAGAGCCGCUGAUCGACUGGACACUGGCCCGGCUGACGUGGAGCUUCUUCAAGCAGUCGUUUCUGAAGCAGGUGCUGACGGAGGGCGAGCGUUACGUCAUGACCUUCUUGAACGUCCUCAGCUUCGGGGACCAGGGCGUUUACGAUAUCGUCAAUAACCUGGGCUCCAUGGUGGCACGCUUCAUCUUCCUGCCCAUCGAGGAGAGCUUCUACAUCUUCUUUGCCAAAGUGCUGGAGAGAGGGCGCGAUGUGAAAAGUCAGAAACAGGAGGACGUUUCCAUUGUAGCAGAGGUCCUGGAGUGCCUGCUGAAACUGGUGUUGGUGAUCGGUCUGAUCAUCACGGUGUUUGGUUAUGCCUACUCUCACCUGGCUCUUGACAUUUACGGGGGCUCUCUGCUGAGCAGUGGGGCAGGGCCCACUUUGCUGCGAUACUACAGCUCUUAUGUCCUCCUGCUGGCUGUCAACGGCGUGACAGAGUGCUUUGUGUUUGCUGCUAUGAGCCAGGAGGAGGUUGACAAGUAUAACGUGGUGAUGCUGGGUCUCUCCCUGUCUUUCCUGUUCCUGUCCUACAUGCUGACGUGGUGGGCUGGUGCUGUUGGCUUCAUACUGGCCAACUGCCUCAACAUGGGCCUCCGUAUCCUGCACAGCCUCUUCUACAUCAGCCGCUACUUCCAGUCGAGUCCGUGGCGACCGCUGCGAGGCUUGUUGCCCUCGCCAGCCCUCCUACUGGCACUCGGCCUCAGUGCGGUUGUCACUGCGCUCUCUGAGGGUGCUUUCUGCUGUGACAGAGGAUGGUUGCUCAGACUGGUCCAUAUCGCUGUGGGAGCGGCGUGUCUGCUCUGCGUGCUGGUAACUGUUCUGCUAACGGAGACUCAGCUUGUUCGGUUUGUGAGGACUCAGCUGCUACCUCGCUACAGAAAGAAACACACUUAAAUCUGUCUGGAAGUGGAAGCAUUGGACUGGGGGCAACUUUCGCUUCAUUUUUCACCUCAAACAGGGGCGACAGGACCCGCUGGGCUGCCUGUCGCUGCUGGUGUCUCAAAGCAGUGAGAAGUCUCGGUGUGGAUAUAUCUCACUGGAUCAGUCCUGCGUUGGUACAUUAAAGUAUGAAAGAACAUAAUGGUUUUGGGGUCCAAUCCUGACGGGAAAAAAGAAGCAUGUUUCUUGUGGCACAUUUAUACUCUCUUUCUGAGUUCCUCAAAUCCUUGUUGGAGUUGUGAAUGGAUUUUGGCUCAUGACAGUUGUUUUUUGUUACUGAGCCGAACCCAAUCUAUUCUUGACAAACAGAUCAAUUUGAAAAUUUGAUUGACAUUUACAGUGUAGAUUUAAACAUAUGACAAAAGAAUGUGUAUAUAUUUUAAUAAAAGAAUAUCAUAAGCCCUAAAGACUGUUACUCCAGAAAAAACUGUAUGUGUAUUUGUGCCAGUAUGUCUGUGUUUGAGAGCUUCUGCAAAGGAGAGAAAAAAGGCCAAAGCUGUUUACUCUGAAAACAUACAGACAAAAUCAUUUUGUAUCUGUAUGUUUUUGUCUUUGCAACAUUAGAAAGGUUUUUGUAAUUUUUAAGGCUAUGUAAAGGGGCAUAGCUGACCAAAAAUUGAAUGUAUGAUGCUAUUUUUAAUAAUGUAUCAGCAAAUAUUUUUAACAGAGGUUAUCUUUAAUAAAACAAGAAUGUCACAAGAGGGAAGAUACGAUGCUGUUUCUGAUAGAUGGUGCAACAGAGCGGCCAGGUAGACCUUUUUCACAACAGCUAAAAUAAACACAGGCAUUUCUACUGACAUUUAUUAGUUCCAUUUUAGUUUACCAGAACCUUUCCAGGGUGCACAGUGUCAGGAUCCUUGACCUAAAUGGACCAAAAUCUUAAUGAAUGGCACUGGUAACAUUUAUUUUUACUUUGCUAUUCAUGUCAAAAUGGCUGCUGUGAAAAAGGUCUAGUAACAUGUUUUAUUGGUUGAGGUCAGUUUGAUGAAAUCAUUUCCUGUUGAUCGCUCUAGAUUUGAGUAUGAAAACAUGAUUGCAUACAGGAAUAUUGUGCUCCCUUCGUGCCUACUUUUUUUUUUAGGAAUUCAUUCAUCACACAAUGUGACACUGAAGUUUGCUCAUAAAUUUUCUUUUUCAUAUGGUCAUGUGGUUGGGAUUGGUACAAUUUACAACACCAGAAAUAAACAAAGUUUGCCAAAUUGGA